CGGAAGCGAAGGCGCCGGAGGCAGCGGCAGCGCUGGCGAGUGCGAUGGCUCGUAUCUUCGUGUAUGGGACGCUGAAGCGGGGCCAGCCCAACUACCCGCACAUGCUCAACACUGCCAAGGGCAUCGCAAAAUUCCAAGGCUGGGGACGCACCGUGGAGAAGUACCCGCUGGUGAUCGCCGGAAAAUACAACAUUCCUUAUAUGCUGAACAUCCCGGGCACGGGCCACCACGUUGCUGGAGAGAUUUAUUCCGUCGACGAGCAGAUGCUGCAAUUCCUUGACGAGUUUGAAGGCUGCCCAGACAUGUACCAGCGCACCACGAUGAGCAUCGAGGUGGUGGAGUGGGAAGGGAAAGGCAGCGCGCCCGGCGAGAGGCCGGCCGCGCGCAGCAUCAUGGAGUGCUUCGUGUACAGCACGACCACCUACCAGCCCGAGUGGGUCAAUCUCCCGUACUAUGACAAUUACGAUUCCUCGGGGAAACACGGCCUUUCUUACGUGCUACGGGAAAGCCGGGAUUAGGCGUGGGCGAUCACACGGCAGCAGGAAGAUGGAGCGCUCAGCACGUGUCCAUCGGAAGCCUCUCCGGGAAAUCCGUAAUGCCUUUGGGUUAAAACACAGGCUCUUUUGUAACCUUCCAAACACUAAAGUAUCGAGUCUAACGUUCAGGUAUCAUAGGCCUAGCAACUGGAACUCACCCCAAACUUGUGAACAUCCUCCUAGCCCACUGACCUGGUGUGAGUAACUGGUUUUGCUUGAUGAGUAGAAUAACUGGAUCUGUGCGCAUCGGUUUUGGGUGUUUGUUAGUUGUUUUUUUUUCUUUCUCCACCCCUCUCCCCUUUUGCCUCAGUAAAUGACUGAGGUGAAUGAAAGGCAGUUGAACUGGCUCAUUUUUUGACCUGAAUUGGUAAAUUUUCGUGCGUGUUCUCCAAGGUGGGUGGAACAAUAACACUAUUGCACUAAUAGCUAAAAUUGAUUAAAAAUCACAUCUGAAAACAAAGUAAAAUAGACCUCACAUUUAAUAUUGACUUGUUAUAGUGCUUAUUAGGUUACUGAAUACAAACAGGGGCAAGCAAAUGUCUCGAGGAGAAAUGACUGCGUAGCUAUUAUGUGCUUCACAAAAAAUCCGAAAUUACUGUAGAAAUAGUGGAGAUAAAAGACUCUUCUUACUCUUUGUUGCAAUGUUAUUCUGAAGA